AUGGUGCUAUGCGAGUAUGAUUUCACGGUUGAUUUCAUUCGUAGCCUUAUUCCUUAUCCCAAUUAGAACCAGGCUAUCGUUUUGCAUCAAGGCGACAAACGACUACGCAGUCUUGUUCGAAUAAUGAAGUUCAGGCAAACUGAUGCAAACAGUCAAGACUUCUUUGCUUCUCAUCCAGGAUAUUCAAUGAAGGAUGUCACAGAAUCCGUAGAAUCGCUAUGCAUUGAAAAACAAAAUCCUGGUGCAAGUCUUGAGGACAAUGACAUGGAAUUUCGAUGUGAACUUAUAGAUCAAAUGGGUCUUGGUUCCACUAUUGAUGAAGAAAGGAUCAUCAUCCGAGUUUUUGAGCCACCGGCUGUGAGACCGCUACCGCCCGUUUUGGAGUCGGUUGUAAAUGGACCAGUGAGUGUUAAGUGCUCUGCCACUGGUCGACCGGAUCUGAAGCUUCGGUGGGUCAACGAGGUGCGUCGUGUUGUCUAA